GUACGACACACGAAAAAUGGCGUUCGAUUGAUUUGGCAGUGUAGUUUUCACAACAGCAGCAACCGUAUAGUAUUUGUGUGUUCCGCGCGCUGUGUCUAACCAAUUUCUAAUGCUUUAUUUUCUGACUUGAUUUUUAUUUUUCGCGUUUUGUUUCGUUUUGUUUAUUAUUUUUCAUCUCACAAAAAAAUAUAUCCAUACGAAAAAAAGGAACAGAUGAGAGAAAUAGAAACGAAACGUUUUGUAGAGACCAACAACAAAAACAACAACAAAAAUAUAUCAUUAUAAUUCAAAAGUAAAUCUAAGUGGAAAAUUUACAAACGGUGUGCGUGUGUAUUUUAAAUACGAGGGAGGAAAAAUAUUUAAACAGAUUUCAAAGUGCAGCUAAAGAGUGUCUAGAUGAAUUGAGCGAGAGAAGUGAAAGAAAAAUGUUAGCUACCAAAACAAAUCAUAGCCCGCCCAGUGGAUUAAUCCGUGUGCAAUCUUAAUUUUGAAUGAAGAAGAAGAGAGAGAGAAAAAAACAACAAACAGUGUUUUAUUAGCAGACGACACAAGCGAAUAAAUCCGGGCAUUUAACAUUACAUUUGAUUUGUGAGCAGCACUGAAGAAAUACACGGGCAAACGAUUGCAGCUAAAUUAUUCAAAACAAAUUACCACUCAUUACAUGUGAACUGAAAAGAGCGAAAGAGAGCAAAAAGAACAAAUCUCGCGCGCGUGGUUUGUAUUUUGAUAAAAUUCAAGUGAAAGGAAUAGAGAAAAAAAUUACAAGAGUGAAAAAGAAGAAAAUUUAACCACAUUGCUUAUGGAUUUCGUGUUUAUUUGGAGAAAACAAUAUUAGCGGUAAUUUGUGAAAUAGAUAUAUAAACGAUGAAAUAAUUAAAAAUCGUUUUUUAUCUACGAAAUUUUUUGUGCAAAUAAGAAGAAGAAGAAGAAAAACAUUGCAAACGAAUUCGAUUUGUACAAAAUUCGCAAUUCGCAAUACAUAGUUAAUUGAUGGAAAGUGAAAAUAAGACACAAUAACGUUGAGAAAAAGAGGCGAAAAUCGUCAUUUAACAAUAUCCCAACACGGCACCGAUUCGAUGGUGAUUUGAGUAAAAUCGAGGAGAAGAAGAAGAAGGAGAAAAAGAAAGAAUAUCAGAAAAACACAAACAAUAACGACGAAGAGUGAGAAAGAGCCUAAAUUUCGAAUAAUCUACAACAACAACAACAACAAAAAAUCGGCUACUUUAAUACACAUAUUUUCGUGGAUUUGGAUUGAGUGAAGCGUGCAUGAAGCAGUUAGCAGCAGAAGCCGUGCGCGUUUCAUUGAAAAUGCUUUCCCUCGUCUGAAUGGAAGCAAUUUCGUACACGGAAACCAAUUAACCAAACUUGUAUUUAUGAUUGAAUCGUAUCAGAAAAUCACAACAUCACCAACAACAACAACAAAUCAUCACUUAAAUAACAAAAAAAAAAUCUGUGUGAGUAACUCUCUCAUACUCCUGAGUAAGUUUGUUGUGUUUUGGUGUGUUUCUUCUUCGUGCCGAAGCAGAAUAAGAGAAGAUACGUAUAUGUGAAUAUAUACAUAUAAAUAUAUAUAUAUGUUGAUGUGUUCAAUGUGUUAUUAUCGUUCAAUGUAUUUGUGAGUGCUUUUCCAUUCCUGUGUAUUUACUACUUUAUUUAUAAACAAUGCCGAAUGAAGAUCAAAAAGACCAUAUGAGCCAUCAACCACAGCAAAAGCAGCAACAGCAGCAACAGCAGCAGCAUCAAGAGAAAGAUGCAAAAAUCGCGGCAAACGUAAAUGCCAUGCCAAAAUCGAUCAUUAGUAAUGAAUUUGCCAAUGUUACAAAUGCAUUUAAGGAGAAGAAAAAACUCGUUCGACGCGCAUUUUCAAUGCCAAGAAAUUUAUUCCGUUUAUCGCGUCGUAUAAAAGUUAGUAAUUCGGCCACAGCUGCGAAAAUUUCACCACCAUCAACAAUGUCACCGGUCACCGAUGUAAAUACAUCAAUCGUAACGUCGAAUAAUUGCAAUCAAUCGGUACAAACAAAUUCCAACGAAAACAACGUCGACGAACAUAGCAAUACGGAAUGUAGCAAACAUCGAACGUUACCAGUGUCAACGUCAUCGUCAAUGAUGUCACAUUCGGAUCCAAACCACCAACAACAUCAGCCGAAGCAGACACAGCAGCAGCAGCAACCACAGCAACAUCAAUCCGAUGCCAAACCAAAAUGCCUAGAGCAAGAAAAUAAACAUCGUUUAUUCCGUCGUUCUACAUGGAAGAAGUUCCUAUUCUCCCGAUUCAUCCUACAAUCAAUUAAUCUCAAGGCCAAACAGACGACGACCAAUACAACAAACACAAAUGGACGUGUUCCACCGUUGAAUCGACAUGCAUGGCCACCGGAUCGUGUGCCGGGCGUUAUUGGUUUACAGAAUCACGGAAAUACAUGCUUUAUGAAUGCGGUGCUACAAUGUUUGUCACACACCGAUAUAUUGGCCGAAUAUUUUGUCCUCGAUCAGUACAAGGCUGAUUUGAAGCGUCGCAACAAGAUCAAUUCUCGAAAGUUCGGUACAAAGGGCGAACUAACCGAACAAUUGGCUUUGGUGCUGAAGGCCUUGUGGGCAUGCAAAAAUGAGGCAGACUAUAGCACCAGUUUUAAGGCAGUUGUCGAUCGUUAUGGCACACAAUUUCGUAGUUCAACGCAACACGAUGCUCAAGAGUUUCUAUUUUGGCUAUUGGACAAAGUGCACGAGGAUCUAAAUACGGCUUCCAAGCGAAAAUACAAACCUAUCAAGAAUAGCUAUGGUCGUCCGGAUGAAGUAAUCGCUGCCGAAACAUUGGCUAAUCAUAUACGUUGCAAUAAUUCGUUUGUGCAAGCUGUUUUUCAGGCCCAGUUCCGUUCAUCGUUGGCGUGUCCUCGAUGUCACAAGCAAAGUAAUACAUUCGAUCCAUUCCAUUGCAUUUCCGUGCAACUCCCACAGUUGGCACAACAAUUUGUAUUUGUAACGGUAUUAUACGCAAAACAACAUCCGCGACAAGUAAAACUUGGCCUAAGCGUACCGAUGGGAUCACCGAUCGUUGCGUUACGCGAACAAUUACAAGCCGAUACCGGCAUUCCAUUGGAUCGAAUGGUGUUGAUGGAAAUUCAAGAAACUGGUUUUGUGCGAGUUUUUUGCGAUUCACAACCCAUUUCAAUGCUUACACCAGAUGAUUCAAUUUAUUGUAUUGAGACGGUCGAUGACGACGGUGGCACCACCAAAGCCAACAAAUCAUCAACAAUAGCUACGACUACUAUCAGCAGCAGCACGAACACCGCCACCACUAUCACCACCACCGCCUUUACAACCAAUAGUGCCAGUGCAACAAACGACGAUACAACGACCAAAUUAACACUCAUAUUGACAAAUGUCAAACGUUUGUCACCCAAAGACAAUGAUGUGCAACGCUUCAGCACACCGUUUUGUGUUCAAGUUAAUCGUGAUAUUUCAUAUACCGAAUUACAAAAAACUUUGUUGAAAGAGAUACGUGCAAUUUUAAAAACGGACGUUUUCACUUAUGCCACACCAAUUAUUGACAUGUUUAAAAUUCGACUGCAAGAUCCAUCAGCCGAUCCAGACACCUACAUUGAACCAAAUGUUGAACAUCCUCUCUUCACCGAAAUGAUUGAUUUAGCAUUAUCAGUAUUACCAGUUGAUGCUGGUCCUCAACAUGUAAAAUUACUGCUAGAAUGGAACGAACCAGACGAAUUCUUCUGUGAUACGAGCGAUGCAUUUGUCGAACACGAAAGUGUGUCUCAACUUCAGAAUAAAAUCAAAGGAGACACAACACUUACGCUGGAACAAUGUUUGGAGCAUUAUACAAAAGCGGAAACAUUGAGCACCGAAGAUGCAUGGCGUUGUCCACAUUGCCAAAAAUACUUGCCAGUUGUAAAAACGCUUGGUCUAUGGUCACUACCCGAUAUACUUGUGAUUCAUUUCAAGCGAUUUCGACAGCAACACACCAAAGGUCCACAAUCCGCCAAAUUAACAACCACUGUACAAUUUCCAUUGACCAACUUUGAUAUGUCGCCACAUUUGGCACGUGAUACCACCAAUACAAAUAAUACAAAAGAUUUUACGACUGAAGACAAUUGGAGCCCGUGGCGUAAGCUUAAACGAAAAGAUUUAAACAAUGAUUUGAAAGACAAUCGAUACGAUUUGUAUGCAGUUUGCUAUCAUCAGGGUGAUACACUUGAAACCGGUCAUUAUACAGCCGCAUGUAAAAAUCCAUACGAUCAUCAAUGGUAUAAAUUUGAUGAUCAGCGUGUGAGUGUGGUGUCAGGUGAUCGUGUACAAGAAGAGAUUGUAAAUAAUGAGGCUUACAUUUUAUUCUAUCAACGUCAAAAAAUUGAUUCGGCCGAAUGUUCUGGCUCAAGCUCUAGUUCGAGUGAGCAUUGGCUAUCAAAAAUGCCGAUACCAAUCAAUCCAAGCUCAUUAAGUACGACGAUCAUCAGUGCAGACACAACAAAAGAUGAAAUGGACAAAUUGUCAGAAACAUCGGAAAAACAGGUGAUCGAAUCAAUUGCAACACAUUUAAAUAAAGAAAUUCAAAGGGAUGAGAAUGUGGAGGAGAAGAAAAAAAUUAUCGAAAUUGUAAAAGAGACGGUGAUACCAGAAGAAUCAAAUGGCAUUGAAUGUUCGCCAUCAAUUGUAUCGGCAAUUGAUGUACCAGUUAAAGUGGAACCAACGAACGAGGAUGAAAUUGUCGAUGUUGAAACAAUUGAAACGGAAAAGCUAACCGAAGUGGAACCUUCAAUUGCAAGCACAAGCGAUUCAGAAAAUGUUAUUGUAGCCACUGAUAUCACCGAUAAAAUCGAAACUAUAGACGAAGAAGAGAUUAAAUCGGCUCCAAUUAAAAUUGAGGAUAAAAAAUCAAAUGGCAUUGCUUCAAUUGAAAAUGAUAUUGACAUUGAAGUUGAGCUACGCAGUUCGACAGUGAAAAAAUGUGAAGGUGCGCUAAGCAUGUCAUUUCCGACACAACGAUCAUUAUGGCCAUUUGAAAAUCAUCAUAAUACCAUUCAUACAUAUACGCCGAUUUUGAGCCGAGGCAGUCUCAAUUUUAAUGAACUAUUAUCCAGCGAACGAAAUGCUCAUUUGCGACAUUCACUAUCUACAUCGCUGGGACAUCAUCGGAAUUCAACGUCAUCAGAUAAAGCAAAGCUAAUUAGUGUGACCGCAAAUGAUACAACACUUGCAAUGGUCAGAGGGGUGAGUUCAUGCAGCAAAGACACUCUCAUUUAUAUCGAUCAACAAACUAAUCAUCGAUCGAUUAUGGACGAUGAAACGAAUUUUAUGGCAAAUCAACCACUUUGGAUUUCGCCAGUGACACCACAUAAGUUGAUAACUGUUUCACCAAAGAACUAGCUGAUCCACUGUGAAAAUACAUUCUAGCAGCUAUACACAUCGAUUUGGAUUUGCCACCAAAUUAAUUAUACAAAAAAAAAAAA